AUAAAUUAUGUAUAUUUUUAAUUUUGUAUUGAUAUACCUAUAUAGUUUUAAAAAUGUAAAUAUGAAGUUGAGUUUAUUGUAAGGUACGUCGGGGUAACAUCGUAAAAGGGUAAAGUACGAAAAUUCUCAUUUACCUGAGAUUUAGGCAAAUAAUUUUACUUAUGGCAACCCAGCGGUGAAGGACAACUCAAGCCGUCCCCCACCUCAGUCUGCCUCGAGCGUUCUAACCGUGUAGUUGUGUGUGAAAUGCAUUUUUUGCCAACUGUCAUUUUCGACGAAGUUUUGAAGAUUUUCGAUCUUUACCCAUCAUCUAUAACUUUCCUCUCAGAUUAAUCAUGCCACGAAAAUAUUAUAGAAAAUCGCUUCGCGCCACUACUUACACUCAGGAAGAUUUAAAUGCUGCCUUAGAAAGUAUAGCAAAAGGAGAAAAAAGCCAAUAUGCUGCUGCAAAACAUUACAGAAUACCAGUAUCGACACUCAAUGACAGGAUUAAGGGUAAAACUAGAAUAAAAAGCCAAACCCUGGGUAGACCAACCGCCAUUCCUGACGAAAUAGAAGUCAGAUUAGCCAAUGCUCUAAUAAUACUGGAAAAAUGGGGUUUUGGUCUCUCCAGGGUCGAAAUAAUAAACCUCGUCGAAGAAUUUAUCAAACUGAAUGAAAUCGCUACACCGUUUAGGAAUGGGAGGCCGGGAUCGGACUGGCUGUAUAAUUUCCGCAAGCGCCAUGGCCUUUCUAUAAAAAAACCACAGCCUAUAGAGCAUGUCCGACGACAAAUGACGGAUCCAUUUAUUAUUGAAGAAUAUUUUAAUUUACUAGAAAAGGUAUUGCUGGACCUUGAUUUAGUAAACAGACCUAGCCAAGUAUGGAACCUAGAUGAAACAUCGGUGUCUCUUGAUCCAUCAAAGACUAAGGUAGUUGGCAAAAUCGGAAAAGCUUCAUCACGCACUACAUUUGGCACAGGAAAAGAGAAUAUAACAGUGUUGACUGCAGUUAAUGCUAAUGGAGUAAAGUUAACGCCACUUAUUGUUUUUAAAGGUAAAUACGUUUGGAAUCAGUGGAUAGCGGACGUAAAAAAUGAAUACGGUUUUGAAUUAGCAUAUGCUGCUAGUAAAAAAGGUUGGAUGGAGACGGACAUAUUCCGUAAUUACAUGGAAAAAGUCUUCAUUCCCAAUCUUGGAGACGAAAGACCUGUAUUACUGAUUUAUGAUGGCCACGGAAGCCAUGUCGAUAUUUCUGUCGUAGAAUUAGCUACCCGUAAUGGUGUUACUAUUUUAAAAUUGCCACCUCACACUUCACAUUUACUACAACCCCUUGACGUCUGCGUCUUCAAAUCAUUUAAAACACGAUGGGAUGCUAAGUUGGUAGAAUGGCAACGACAUAAUGUGGGUGUUAAAUUACCCAAAAAAGAAUUUUCAAAACUGUUUGCAAAAAUAUGGCACGAAAUUAAUCCCGAAAUUAUACGUAAUGGUUUUAAGAAGGCAGGAAUUAUUCCUUUCAAUCGCAAUACGAUUCCUGUUGAAAAGUAUGAUCCCAGAUCUUAUAGCAGAUGGCUUAAAAGCAAAUCUGAAAACGAAAGUUGUGCGUCUCAUCAUGUAAAUAUGACGACUAACACUGUCCAGAGCCUUAAUAACUUAUGUGUUUAUGCUAUCAAUUUGUAUUUACAUCAAACUGUUAUACCACACAUGUCUAUACCAAAUGACACGCUAUCUGCUAAUACAAUGAAUAACUGCUUAUUUAUACAUAGUGAUUAUAUACCGGAAAGCUAUCAAGAGGAAGAAACUGUUACUAAAGAGCCCGAAGUGUUAACAAAAAAUAUGCCCAAUAAAAUAAUUAUACUCUCUGACAUAAUGAUUAAACCUGGUACUUCAAAUGUCCAUUCUUUGACCAGACUUUCCAAAAACGGUAAAGAAAACACUACUUUUGUUGCUUCAAAUAGUUGUGACCUGCCAGAAUGUCUACAAACACCACAUAAUUUGAAAAAACCAGUUGAUUAUGAACACACGUUUGAAAAUUUACUUUUAGAAAGAAUACGACAGACUAGACCCGAAAACAAUAAGACCAAGAGAAAGCGUGUAGGUCUUGGUGCUGAAAUUAUUACACAGAAAUGUUUAGAAAACUAUAAUACACAAAUAACGACAAAACUAAAAAAUACCAAAGAAAAGAAAAAAAAUAAAGUGGUAAACGAAAAACAAGAUGAAACCGUUGCUAAUCCUAAAAUAAAUAAUAAAAGAAAUAAGAAGGAACAAACUGACAAUAAAUUAAAGAAAAUUAAGAAAAGAAAAAUUGAAGCUGAUACUAAAGAAAAUAAUAGACAAAAAGGGAAACUCUGUGACAGUGACAGUGAUUCGAGCAUAUCUUCUUUAUUUGAAUUAGCUGAUUCAGACGAAAUAGAUUAUGAAGAAUAUAUAGCUGAACUUUUAAACCAAGAAAUAGACAAAGAAAAUGAUGAGCCCAAUGAGUCAAUGGGACUACAUGAUAUUGCAUAUUUUACUAAACAGGAUGAAUUAAAAGAAAAUGACUGGAUAGUAGCCCGUUUCGCCACAAAAAAAAGCUUAAAACAUUUUGUUGGCAGAGUAUUAUCGAUUGACAAGACGAUACCUACCGUCAAGUUUUUACGUAAAGUUAAGGAUAGUAAAUAUAACAAAGGAACAGUAUUCACUUACCCAAUAAUUGACGACAUUUGUACCAUAAAACAUAGUGAUGACAUAGUGUCAAUAUUGCCAGAGCCACAGAUUUUAAGGCGGGGUCAAAUUAUAUUUGACAUCAAUUUCAAUAAUUUUAACAUACAAUAGUGAUUAUAGUUAUAUUAUUACUUAUUUUUAAUUAUUAUUGUAAACUUGCACAAAAAUGAUUGUGCCAAUUUAAGGUGGUAGCUCAAGGGUAGACCGCAAAAUUCAAAUUUCUAAGUUUUUUGUAAUUUGUUUGUUUUUUUUUUUUAAUUUUUUUAUAUUGAUUGUUAUCCUACCCGUAGCGGUUAUUAUAAGAUGCUAAAUGAGUACUAAGCUAUGAAAAAUCUCGUUAUAAUUUUUGAUAAAACAAUGAAUAACUGGUUUCAUGGUGUGUUCAAAAUAAGACUGAUUUAAGUAUAACAUUUUUAGUUCUUUAACAUUGUUUUUAUUUUUAAUAUUUACCAAAUAAAACGGUUUGCUUGUUCCUUUUGAUUGUUACGUUAUUAACAUGAGCCUUUUAUAAUAUUUUUGAAAUGUUGUAUUUUUCUGUAAGUGUAUUGUGCAAUUAUUGUUUGAUUAUUAUAAAUAUAAUUUGUACCUAUUGGCAAAUUUUGUUUCCAUUCAUGUCCUAGUUAUGAUUACUACUACGUCAACAUUUACUUACACAGCUAUUAUGAUAUUAAAACAGUUGGGAACCCCUGUCUGAAUUUGGUAGAAGUGGGGUAAGACCGGAAUAUAAAAUUCAUUAUUUUACAAUAUUUCAUACUUCUUCUUACUUUAAAGUACUUUGAUGAAGAAACAUGUAUACUUUUACAUUCUUUACACAAUUUGUGAGUGAAUCCAGUGACCUAAAACAAAAAUUUAAAAAAGUACCCCCAAUUGUCGGUCUUCCCCCCUACAUUACGAUCUUUACCCGUUUUCAUUAUUUUCGUUUAUGUGUAUAUUUUUAUUAAUAUUUAUAUUAAUAUAUAAGAAUAAUGAUUCUUUGCCUGGUGUAAAGUAAAGUACAAUCUGUUGGUUCUAUUGAAAGUUCUAUAGUUUGCUGCUACAUUAUGUGUUUCGGGUUCAUAUAGAUGCUUAAAACAAAUAUACCUCAUCUCAUCAAAAUCGCGUUCGAUGUUGCCCCGAUCUACCUUAUAAAUAUUUUUAAGAUAAUGUAAAAUUGUUUUAUACAAGGUUUACUCAAUUGUAAAUAAAUACCGACAUUGGCGACAUUAAAUUAUGGAGGUUAGGCUACUUACUCUCCCGUAAAUAUUACAGCAGUAGAAAUUGUAAAGAGAAGAACAAACAGUUCUAUAUAUGAUACGAUCGAUGUGUGAACUAUUAAAAGUAGGUCGUAUUCAUUAUGCACUCGAUACACGUAACGAAAAAUAGGUCUAUAAAUAAAAUACUCAAACUUUAAUAAUUUAAGUGGGUAAUGCAUUCUGUUGCGUGCAAGUGCAAAUAUUACGUUUUAUAAUCGUAGCCUAAAAUAAAAAUAAUCUUUUGUUUAUCCUGGAACUUCAAACUCUGAGACAAGCGUAUAAUGUAGAUAUUAAAUAGACCGCAUGUGAUUAGCGAGGAAACUGGUGAUCAUCAAACAAACAACUUCUUUUUAAAUUAUAUCAAAUGUAUUCGUUGUUCGGCAAAUAAGCCGAUUUCAGACUCAAAGACAAUUUUCUAAGAAAGUGUAUAACGUGGCUGUUUUAGUUUACUUUGAGACGUAACUUCUUGGUCCUUGUGUAUUAUUAUAUUCAUAGUAAUAACAAUUAUAUUAACUUUAGAAG